CCCACCCAGGGACCAAACCUACCCUUGCUAAUGGGCGUGUGGGUCUCCAGCGAAAGGGGAACUAAAUAUGGAACAAUGAUACUUAUGAACAACACACACUUCCUUUUUAAAGUAGUGAUACAUUUGGUUAUAUAUGACCAAGAGCUACAGAGAUGCUCUCCAUCCAUGCAGCUGCUCUUCUAACUGUGCUGAUUAAAUGCUACCCCCUGUACUUAUUGAUACAUUUGCUUUGGACUGGUGUAACUGUUUCAGGAAAUCGAGAAUUGCACGAAUUAAUUAAACCACAAAAGGUCGAAUUUCACUCAUUAAACUUCAACAAUACUUUGCAUUGGCAUCCUGGGAGGGCUGCCACAGGUGACAUCAUCUACUUUGUGCAGUACAAAGUAUAUGGGCAAAGCCUGUGGAAAAAUAAAGAAGAAUGUUGGGGUAUUCAUGAAGUUUUUUGUGACCUAACACAUGAGACAUCUGAUAUCGGAGAACCUUAUUAUGGCAGAGUGAAAUCUCUUUCAGCUGGAGUCCAUUCAGUUUGGAUCACCAGUAGCAGAUUUACUCCGUGGAGGGAAACAAAAAUAGGACCUCCAUCAGUAAAUGUGACUCCUAGAAACAAAUCCAUAAAAUUAAAGCUCCAGGCUCCAAAUUCACCUUAUACAAGGAGAAGAGGCAGCAAGAUACCAAUGACAAACUAUUAUGAUCUAUCCUAUCAAGUGUUUCUAAUCAGCAACAUGCUAGAUGAAAAAAACAAAAUACUGGUGUAUGAAGGAACAGACAAAAUUGUUAAAAUAGAAGGUUUGAAACCUGAAGUCAGCUACUGCAUAGUGGUUGCAACCUACUUGCCAGUGCUGGACCGCAGCAGUGUGUACAGCGGUAGGAAAUGCACGGUACCUCUAUGACAUGGAAUGGAUCCUGCACUGCUGUCUGCUAUUCUGAUAGCUGUCACUUGCACAUCGCACAUGGCAGUGCAGCUGUUCUUAAACUUGCAAAGAGAACUGCAGUCAGAGAUGCCCGAUGAGCUGCCUGAAAUGGAAAUAAGUAACAUUCGAUUGCUUUUGGCAUUAGCUGAGGAGCUGAGCACUGUGGACCCGGUGUUUUUGGGCUAGGGAAACUAGCUCAGAGUGGUGGGAUUGUAUCAUUAUGCAUGUCUGGGAUGACGACCAGUGGCUUCAAAACUUUCGGAUGCAGAGAGUCAACUUCAUGGAACUGUGUACUGAGCUUUUCUUAGACCUGUGUCGCAAGGACACCAGACUGAGAACUGCACUCACUGUCGAGAAGCUUGUGGCAAUCACACUGUCGAAGCUGGCGACUCCAGACAGCUAUCGGGUGGUUGCAAAGCGGCUUGGAAUGGGAAGAUAGACCGUUGGUGCCAUGGUAACUCAAGUGUGCAAGGCCAUUAAUCACAUCCUACUGCACAAGACCGUGACUCUUGGAAACGUGCGUGACAUUUUGGAUGGCUUUGCAGAAAUUUGCUUCCCUAACUGUGGUGGAGAGAUAGAUGGAACGCACAUCCCUAUUGUUGCCCCGGCCCACCUUGGCACAGAGUACAUAAAUUGUAAGGGGGUACUUCUCCAUGGUUUUUCAGGCACUAGUGGAUCAUCAUGAGUGUUUCACUGAUAUUAAUGCUGGGUGGUCAAGAAAGGAUGUAUGACACACGUAUCUUUAAAAACACUGGCCUGUUCAGAAAGCUGCAAGUGGGGACUUUCUUUCCAGACCAACGGCUCACUGUUGGGGAAGUGGAAUUGCCCAUUGUGAUCCUGGGAGACCCAGCUUACCCACUGAUGCCAUGGCUCAUGAAGCCAUACACAGGAAACUAAAUGUCAGUAAGGAAUGUUUCAACAACAGGCUGAAUAGGUGCAAAAUGGCUGUUGAACGUGAAUUUGGCUGUUUGAAAGCGCGCUGGAGAUAUUUGUAUUGUAGACUAGAAAUGAGUGAGGAAAAUAUUCCCACGGUUAUUGCGGCGUGCUGUACUUUACGUAACGUUUGUGAGGGGAAGGGCGAAAGGUGUACUCAUACGUGGAGUCUGGCGGCCGAACGCCUGGCUGCAGCAGCCAGAUACUUGGGCUAUUAGAGGGGCACAACGUGUGGCAGUUAGGAUCCGGGAUGCCUUGAGGGGAAAGUUUUUGAAAAUGAAAAUCAUUAAACUUUGCUGCUGUGCUUGGGAAAGGAAGUGUCAACAGCAUGUGCUGUGCUGCCUGGCGGUUCUGUCUGCGAUUUCAGUGAUGUUGAAGUGCUAGAUGACUUGUA